AUGCGGGACUGUCUGACUGGCAAGGAGUUCGUUGUGCGUGCCAAGUGCGUGGUCAACGCCACCGGUCCCUUUACUGAUAAUGUACGCAAAAUGGAGGACCCUCAGCAGAAAACCAUCUGCCAACCCAGCAUCGGUACCCACAUCGUGCUGCCCAAAUACUACAGGUUAGUGUGUAGAUCUGUUUAG